CCAUCUUUCCAAGCCAGUGUAUAGCUUCCCCCCAAUUUCAAUUCUUUUAUUGUCUGCUGUGCAGUUUCCCCUCUUCAUCUCUAGCUCUAAUAUCUCCUGACCACCUUCACCAUGCGUUCCUUGAGCCUCCUUCUUGCCAUCGUCGCCUUUGCUGCUUCGGCUCUGGCUCUCACGAUCACCGCGCCCAAGGCUGGGGACCAGGUUGACUUCAGCAAGUCGUACAAGUUCCAAUGGACAACGGUUUCUUCUGAUCCGGACGAGGUCACUUUGGUCCUGGUCAACAUGGCCUCCCAGCCUACAGUCAACAAGGUCAUCACCCAGAAUGCCAAGGUCUCGGAUGGCUCCUAUACUGUGGACAUGAUCACCGGGAUUCCUGUUGCUAAUGGCUACCAACUGAAUGCUAUUGCCAACACCACCCAGAACACUGGCAUCCUGAGCCAGUCGAAUCAAUUCAACGUGACCAAGGUUGGCAAAGUUGAGACGGGUAAGGAUACUUCUAAUUCAACACUAUCAUCAUCAUCAUCACACACAUCACAAUCUGCACCUACAUCACCUACACCUACACCUACACCUACACCAUCAUCACCACUAUCAUCAUCAGCACAUGCACAUGCACCACUAUCAUCCAGCACCUACACCAGCACUAGAUACAAGUCACGCCCCUGCAUCUAUCACAAGACCUCUUCACCAUCUUCACCAUCUUCACCAUCAUCUAGCACCAUUCCCUCCGCCUCCGUGAGACCGGGUGAGUACAGACAGGAUAUGAGAUGAAUGAAGUUAUCUAACCUGGGUUCAAUCUGUUUGUUACCUCCACAACAGCCACAGCAUCUGCCACUACUGCCACCAAGACCGCUGCCUCCGCCACUGCCUCCGCCGGAGCUGCCGCAAGCGCAAUGACCCUGAGCGGUCCCCUCGCCGUGCUCAGCGCCCUCGUGAUGAGCAUCUUCGCCGGAGCGUUGUAAACGACCCCAGUCCAACCAAGGUA